UGUGCUGCGUGUGCUGCCUCUUCUUCUAUCUCUUCUGCUUCCUCUCCACUACUCUUCUCCUGCUUCCACAAUGUCUAUUUCUAGUGUCUCUGUCUCUGACAAGUCCAUAACCGCCUUCCAUUCCUUGAAAUUGGGCAAAAAAUUAAAAUAUAUCAUUUUUGCCUUAAAUGACGAAAAAACCGAAAUUGUCGUUGAAAAAACCUCUUCUAGCACUGAUUACGCUGACUUUUUAGAGGAUUUGCCUGAAGCCGACUGUAGAUACGCCAUCUACGACUUUGAAUACACUAUCAGUCAAGGUGAAGGCAAAAGAUCUAAAAUUGUUUUCUUCUCCUGGUCUCCUGAUGACGCCAAAAUCAGAAACAAAAUGGUCUACGCUUCCUCAAGGGACGGCUUAAGAAGAGCUCUUAAUGGUGUCUAUGCUGACAUCCAAGGUACAGAUCUCAGUGAAGUUUCCUAUGAUACUGUCUUGGAAAAGAUUAACCGUUCUGGUGCUCAUUAAUCUCUCCAAAUCAAUUUUAAAUAGAUCUUCAUCAAAAAACUCAUUUUAAAAUCAAUUGAUUUCCAAUUGAAACUUAUUACAAUUUUGAUUAUAAUCAUAGCCAACUCAAUCUAAAAACUAACGU